GACGCUGCCUUUUCAGUUGAGGAGAGCGGCAGCGGUCGGAACAUGUCAGGCGGAUCCGCGGAUUACAGCAGAGACCAUGGCCCAGAGGGAAUGGAUCCUGAUGGUGUCAUUGAGAGCAAUUGGAAUGAAAUUGUUGACAAUUUUGAUGAUAUGAACUUAAAAGAAUCCCUUCUGAGAGGAAUUUAUGCUUAUGGUUUUGAGAAGCCUUCAGCUAUUCAGCAGCGUGCUAUUAUUCCAUGUAUCAAAGGGUAUGAUGUGAUUGCUCAAGCUCAGUCAGGUACUGGCAAGACAGCCACAUUUGCUAUUUCGAUCCUGCAACAGUUGGAGAUUGAUCUCAAGGAGACCCAAGCACUAGUAUUGGCCCCUACCAGAGAACUGGCUCAACAGAUCCAAAAGGUUAUUUUGGCACUUGGAGAUUAUAUGGGCGCAACUUGCCAUGCUUGCAUUGGUGGUACAAAUGUUCGCAAUGAGAUGCAGAAGCUCCAAGCAGAGGCUCCCCACAUUGUGGUGGGAACUCCAGGACGUGUAUUUGAUAUGUUAAAUAGACGUUAUCUGUCACCUAAGUGGAUCAAAAUGUUUGUCUUAGAUGAAGCAGAUGAAAUGUUAAGCCGGGGGUUUAAGGAUCAGAUCUAUGAAAUUUUUCAGAAGUUAAGCACAAACAUUCAGGUUGUAUUGCUGUCUGCAACUAUGCCGAUGGAUGUAUUAGAAGUGACCAAAAAGUUCAUGAGAGACCCUAUUCGUAUUCUAGUAAAGAAAGAAGAAUUGACCCUUGAGGGUAUCAAACAAUUCUACAUUAACGUGGAGAGAGAGGAAUGGAAGCUGGAUACCCUGUGUGAUUUAUAUGAAACCUUGACUAUUACCCAGGCUGUUAUUUUCCUCAAUACAAGAAGGAAAGUAGAUUGGCUUACAGAGAAAAUGCAUGCAAGAGACUUCACUGUUUCUGCUCUGCAUGGUGACAUGGACCAGAAGGAGCGAGAUGUUAUCAUGAGAGAGUUUAGGUCAGGAUCAAGCCGUGUCCUGAUUACUACUGAUUUGCUGGCUCGUGGCAUUGAUGUGCAGCAAGUAUCGUUGGUUAUAAAUUAUGAUCUGCCAACCAAUCGUGAAAACUAUAUUCACAGGAUUGGUCGAGGUGGUCGUUUUGGCAGGAAAGGUGUGGCUAUAAACUUUGUCACUGAGGAGGACAAGCGGAUCCUUCGGGAUAUUGAGACUUUCUACAAUACUACAGUGGAGGAAAUGCCAAUGAAUGUGGCUGACCUCAUUUAAUCCCUGGGAUGAGAUGUUUUUGGAAUGCAGUGCUCGCUGUUGCUGACCAGGCGAUCCACAACGUGCAUUGUGCUUCUUUCUUGGGGGAUACAUUGAAUCUUGUCUCAAUGCUCAUUACGGAUCAGAAAUACAGAUUUUUGAUAAGCGAAGCGACAUUUUGUCGUGAGCUUUUGUGGGGGAGAGCCUUUGGCUUUCUCCUCUUUAGGGUUUAGACUGUUGGGGUUGGGUGGAAAGUCAUGGGGUCUGUAAAUUUUUUCUUUAUUAGAAAUUUAUUUCCUAGUUCUGUAGAAGUGGUAGUGCUAGAUGUUCUUUAUCAUUUAAUAAUUUACUUAUGGACUAAAAGGUAUAAGUGCUGUAUAAAAUCAGCCAAUUAUGUUAAACUAGCAUACCUACCUUUAUUGUAUGUUAUAAUUCUAUAUUAGACUAAAUUGGAAAGGCCUUUCAAAAUGACUAAACUUUUAUAAGAACAUAAAAAUGCAUUUUUGUUUGGUAUGUAUUUAUUGAAUAAAGUAUUUAAUUAGUGUUAAGUGUGAUCUGGAACCUGUUGCUAAACCCUGCAAGCAAUCAUUACUAUUGUCUUAGUUGGGGUUUAAACCCAUUAAAUUGCCAUAUUGCACAUGUCUUAAUGAAGUUUGAAUGUUCAAUAAAAUAUUAUAUAUUCACUUCA